AUGCCGGAAUUUGCUCCAUUGAAGAAUGAUUUGAUUCUUAGAGCCGCUAGAGGAGAAAAGGUGGAGAGACCACCAAUCUGGAUUAUGAGACAAGCAGGUCGUUAUUUGCCAGAGUAUCAUGAAGUCAAAGGAAAGCGUGAUUUUUUUGAAACAUGUAGAGAUGCAGAAAUAGCAGCAGAAAUUACCAUUCAACCAAUUGAACAUUUCAAUGGAUUAAUUGACGCCGCUAUUAUUUUUAGUGAUAUUUUGGUUAUUCCCCAAGUUAUGGGAUUUGAGAUUGAGAUGGUUGAAGGUAAAGGACCUGUAUUUGUGGAUCCUUUGAGAUCGCCAAAGGAUUUGUCAAGAGUUAAUUUUAAACCUGAUGUUUUGAGCGGAUUGGAUUGGGCCUUCAAAGCAAUCACUCUUACAAGAACCAAGUUGAAUGGCCGUGUUCCUUUGUUAGGAUUUUGUGGUGCACCAUGGACUUUGUUGGUUUAUAUGACCGAGGGCCAAGGGUCAAAAAUGUUCAGGUUUGCUAAGGAGUGGAUAUAUGAACAUACCGAAGAGUCUCACAAAUUGUUACAGGCUAUAACUGAUGUAUGUGUUGAAUUUUUGGCUCAGCAAGUAGUUGCAGGAGCACAAAUGUUGCAAGUUUUUGAAUCGUGGGCUAGUGAGUUAGGACCUAACGAGUUUGAUGAAUUUUCUUUACCGUACUUGCGUCAAAUCAGUGAAAAAUUACCUAAGAGAUUACAAGAGUUGGGAAUUACCGAAAAGAUCCCUCUUACUGUUUUUGCAAAAGGUGCUUGGUAUGCUUUGGAUGCUCUUUGUGAAUCUGGUUAUGAUACUGUUUCUUUAGAUUGGUUGUACAAGCCCGAAGAUGCCGUUAAAGCGGUCAACGGAAGAAGAAUCACCUUGCAAGGUAACUUAGAUCCUGGUACCAUGUAUGGUUCCGAUGAAGUUAUUUCUAAAAAGGUUGAGCAAAUGAUCAAAGGUUUUGGUGGUGGAAAACAAAAUUACAUUAUAAACUUUGGUCAUGGUACUCAUCCAUUUAUGAAACCUGAAAAGGUUGAGCAUUUUUUAAAGGAAUGCCAUAGAUUUGGUCUGCAAUAG